UUGUUUAAACAAUUUCUUUCAAUUUCGCAUUUUUUCUUCCCUUUCUUUCCCUUACCACCCCUUCCCACCUCUCCACCUCUUCACCCCUUCACCGGUUUUCAUCAUUUGUUUGUAUUAUUCUCAUACUCAACGAUUUUUGAUUUUCACGUUCCUUUCUACUUACCCCCGUCACCCCUACCUCCUUUUCUAUCCUCGUUCUUUUUUUCUUUUAUAUUUUGUUUUUCCUUUAUUUAUUUAGUUUCAUUUGUCAAGGUGGUGGAAAAUUUGUCACCUUAUUUGUCUACCUAUCUGCCAGAAAAUUACACACAUACAUACACGCAUACACACACACACACACACACACACACACACACAGAGGGAGAGAACGGUGUCGAUUUCAACAAUCCUACGACGGACCAAAACAAGUUCGAUUUGAUCGAGUUUAUGAAGAAAAUGCACUUCAGAGGUGCAUAAGGAAGGAGAUGCACGUGACGUACCACCAACUUAGUGAGACUUCGAGGUGACAAACGUGAAAUUAAGGAAGGAAAGGAGGAAGGAAAGAAAAGGAAAGAAGAAAGGAAAGAAGAAAAAGAGAAAGAGAAAGGAACAAAAAUACGGAUAGAAAAACAGAAGAUGCCGGUCGGUGGACGUGUUGCUGGCAAAGUUGGGAUUUAUAGUUCCCAUUACAAUGGUAAUGGUGUGGAUAUCAAGGCAUUAGGUAAAGGUUACAGUGGAAUUAACGAAGAGAUUAUAUGGAUCAGUAUAGGUAUGGGAAUAGCUAUAGCGGUAUUGAUAACGAUAGCACUUUGCUAUAUAGCACGUGAAAAGUGUCGUAAACGUCACGAAGGUUACUAUUCCUCCUGACACACGUUACCCCCGCCCGCUUGGGCGAAUUGUUCAACUUUCACACCAACAACCCCUAGGGUUUACUUCAGCCCCACAAUCUCAAAGGACAAGCCACGAGCUUAUUACAUCACCGUCUAAGUGGAAUGUCACACAAUUCGAUCGAUGAUCCUUUCGAAACGCCUACCGCUCCGUUACAUCGCCGCCUACCGCUCCG